AUGACCCGGCGGGCGGGGGGCGCUCGGCUGCUGGGUGGCCUCCUGCUCUUUGCUGUGCUAGCCGCCGGCGCCGCCCCGCUGAGCUGGGACCUCCCGGAGGCCCGCGGCAGAGCGAGCAAGAUCCGAGUGCACCCGCGGGGCAACCUCUGGGCCACUGGUCACUUCAUGGGCAAAAAGAGCCUGGAUUCUCCCAGCCCAAUCCCACUGGGGGCCACUCUCCACGGCUCCCUGAGGAAUCACCGGCUGCUGCUGAGUCAUGAUCUGCUCAGGAUCCUCCAGUUGAAGAAAGCCCUGGGCUUGAGCCUUGACAGCCCAGCACCCAGAAUAGCAGCCCCUCUCUGCCCUGUUCCUGAUGUCAUCUUCAUCAGCCACCUUCCUUCCCGGUACUUGCUGUGUGCGGAAGACAGUGAUAGUGAAGUACAGGAGGCUGCUGGUGCACAUUUGGCAGAAGUGAUGCAAAUAAUGGGGCAGACGCGCCACCACCGCUUAGACUGUGCUCACCCAGGGAAGGUGCUUAAUGGCAUGGUCCUGGCCCCACCUGGAUGCAGAUCGUGGAUCAGAUCUCUAUAACGCCAUUACUGUGAUUUCUGGUUGGAGUCACCCGCCCAGACACACGUGAUCACGUUCCUGCUGUAUGUCUGGCUUCCCUGAUAAAGUUGUGAAUAAAUCCCUGCUCUUUGUGUA